CAUAGUUUUCAGGUGCCAAAAGUUGGAAACGCAGAGAAUAGGUAUAAUACUUGAACGUCUUCAAAUAUUCCAUGCAGGUUUCAAAUGCAAUGAAGAAUUAAUUUUUCCCCUUGGAUUUUAUAUUAGAAGAACUGAAUCAAGGCAAUCAUGGGUUGACAUUUAUUUUUCUACAAAAACCACACACACAUCAAAACCCACGUGUUCUUUACCGAAUGUUUACUGCAGUGUGAAACAAUUGUGUAUAUUUCUUAUUCCAAAUUGUUUGGAUUAAUAUAAUAAUAUCAAUGUUGGAUUUAACUUUUCGUCAAAAUAAUGUAGGAUGAAUUGUGUGAGACUGGUGCUUCUUCUGUUUUGUAUAGUAACGGAUCUGCAUGUUGGAAGAGCGGGGAUGGAGAAUCGGCAUACUCGAUCAUACAGGCAGACUUGCCCACCCGGUUGUACAACCUGUUCAGCCAUUAAUGGAUGUAUCACGUGUCGACCCAGCCUCUUCCUGUUCCUUGCGCGUUCUGGGAUGCGUCAACAAGGCGUCUGUACCCACAGCUGUCCCACUGGUUAUUAUGGCGUCAGGCGUCACAACUACAGUAUUUGUUACAGAUGUCAGAUAGAGAAUUGUGAAACCUGUUUUGGCCAAGGAUUCUGCACGCGAUGUCGGAGUCCAUACCUUUCCUACAGAGGACAGUGUAUUCAGAGAUGCCCGGAUGGAAUGCACUACGCUAAUUAUUCCAAAGAUUGUAGACCGACAGUCGAUUGUAUGACUGGUCCUUGGGCGCUAUGGAGCCCAUGUACAAGAAAUGGUCAGAACUGCGGGUAUCGGUAUGGGAUGAUUACCCGGACCCGAGAAAUAUUGGAGAGCCCCUCCCCAAAUGGAGCCAGAUGUCCGAAUCUCAUAGAAAGUCGAUGUUGUCUCAUGGACAUGAGACGCUGUGUCGAUCUAACUUACAAUAAUUCUGAUCUCAGCCCCGAGAAAAAGAAAAACCGUCUGCAAAAACGCAAGAGAAAGAGGCGAAAAAAGAAACGCAGGAGGCAUAGGAAGAGAAACCAGAAAAGGAGACGACGACCCAAAGAUAGAAGGAAAAAGCGAAAAAAGUUUAAAAAGCAUAAAAAGUCUAGACUUAGUAUUCGUAAAAAGAAAUUGCGGAUAUACAAAGAAGCUUGGAAGCAGUUUUGCCGAAGGGACGUUGUUUAUUUUCAUGUUAAUAGCUUUCUGUAGUGCAGAGAUUGUACAUACAGGACAAGUGAUGCCCCUAUCAUUAUUGUAUAUUAUGCAGGUUCAGAUUUUACCACGUCCAUCAUUGACAACAUGGAAUCUUCCGAAAAUGCUUCGAGCACAGUGCUCCAGUGUUCAAAUGAACACAACUAAGGGAGACAACCGCUGAAAGAAAGCAAAAGUUGCUUAUUGGCUGGAUCAAGUCAUGUGACAUUAUUUCCGCAUUGAUGAUGCAGGCAAAACGCUGAAAGAGACUAUAUUUGACAUAAAAAGUAUUUUUAAUAUCCUUUAAGAAUUUUACAAAACCAGUUUUCCAUUGUAAAUAUUUAUUUUUGGGUUUUGUAUGUUUUGUAUUUAUAUGGUUGUCAUAAUAAAAUUGUUUUAUACAUCUUCA